UUGUAUGAUUUUGUAUAUUUCAGGAGGAGCUUGUGGUUAUGGAAAUUUGUUCACAAACGGCUACGGCGUGGACACGGUGGCUCUAAGCUCUACCCUCUUCAACAAUGGCUACGCUUGUGGAACUUGCUUUCAAAUCAAAUGCGCCCAAUCCAAAGCAUGUUACCCUAAUGUUGCUUUCACGACUGUGACGGCGACCAACCUUUGUCCUCCAAACUGGGCCAAACCGUCCAACAACGGCGGGUGGUGCAACCCUCCAAGGGUUCACUUCGACAUGUCGAAGCCAGCCUUCAUGAAGAUUGCCAAUUGGAAGGCCGGGAUCAUCCCCGUCGUGUAUCGACGAGUCCCUUGUGGUAAAAAGGGCGGCCUUCGGUUCACAUUACAGGGAAAUGGUUACUGGCUUUUGGCGUACGUGAUGAACGUUGGUGGUGGCGGAGACGUGUCUGGAAUGUGGGUGAAAGGCAGCAAAACAGGGUGGAUCAAAAUGAGCCAUAAUUGGGGAGCUUCAUAUCAAGCAUUUUCAUCUUUGGUUGGCCAAUCAUUGUCUUUUAGAAUCACUUCUUACUCAACCAAAGAGACUAUCACAGCUUGGAACGUUGCUCCUUCUAAUUGGAGGUUUGGAUUAACCUAUAAUGCCAAUGUCAACUUUCGCUGAUCUCUACAAAUUAUUCGAAGAGGCUGAUAAGAUAUAAUAUGAGCUACAAUAUAACAACCACGUUGAAUAAUUUACUAGUUGUGUGUGAGGUGUUCGAAAUAAUUUAAGUCAAUCUGACUUAAAUAUUUCAUAAUGAAUUCAUUUUAGAUUUUGAAUUGAAUUGAAUUCAUUAUCUUUACGUGGACACCCCUACCUUUA